GAGGAGAGAAGGCGCUCCGAGCAGAACCCGCGCCCCAGACCGGACCCGACCCGACCCAGCCCCGCUCCGGACCCAAGACGGCCCCAUGGACACGCUCCGCCUCCGCCCCGGCUGCCCGGUGGCCCUGCCCCUCCUGGCGGGGUCCGUGGCCCUCCUCCUGCUGCUCGGCCCGGCGGGGGCCCAGUGCCCGGCGCAGUGCUCCUGCUCCCGCGCGGCCCAGGUGGAGUGCUCCGGCCCCAGCAUCUCGGAGAUGCCGCUCCCGCUGCCGGGCGACACCAUGAGCCUGCAGGUGGUGAACACGCAGGUGGCGGAGCUGGGGGAGGCCGCCUUCGGGAACGCCUCGGCGCUGAUCGCGGUGCGGAUGGAGAAGAACGGCCUCUGGCGGCUGAGCCCCGGGGCCUUCCUGCACCUGUCCUCCCUGCGCUACCUGAGCCUGGCCAGCAACCGCAUCCGGGAGCUGCCCUUGGAGGCCUUCCAGAGCCUGGGCCGCCUGGAGUCCCUGCUGCUCUCGGGGAACCAGCUCCAGCGCCUGCACCCGGCCCACUUCACCCAGCUGGCCCACCUCAAGGAGCUCCAGCUGCAGGGCAACCAGCUGCAGGCCGUGCACCCGGGCGCCUUCGACCAGCUGACCUCCCUGGCCCGGCUCAACCUGGGCAAGAACCGCCUGGCCCGCCUCCCUCCCCGGCUCUUUGCGCAGCUGCACCGGCUCCAGGUCCUGCGCCUCUACGAGAACCAGCUGGCCGAGGUCCCGCCCCGGGCCUUCGAGGCCCUGGCCGAGCUGCAGGAGCUGGGCCUGCACCAGAACCGCCUCCGGCAGCUGCCCCCGGGACUCUUUGCCCACAACCGCAAGCUCCAGAAGCUCUUCCUCUCCCACAACCGGAUCGAGGCCCUUCCGGAGGGCCUGCUCCUGGACCUGCCAGAGCUCUCCCGGCUCUCCUUGUUCGGCAACGCCCUGCGGGAGCUGCCCCGGGGCACCUUUGGCCCGAUGCCCGGCCUGAGGGAGCUCUGGCUCUACGACAACCAGCUGACCGCCUUGACUGACCACGCCUUGGCCAACCUGACCCAGCUGCAGCUCCUGGUCCUGAGCCGCAACCGGCUGCGCUCCGUGGCGCCCUCCGCACUGGCCGGCCUGGGCAGCCUCCUGGAGGUCUCCCUCCACACCAACCAGCUGACCUCGCUGGACACGGAGACCUUCAGGGGGCUGGACAAGCUGCAGAACGUCUCCCUGCAGAACAACCGGAUCGAGUCCCUCCCGGGGGGCCUCUUCCACCACAACCCCAGCCUGAUGACUGUCCAGCUGCAGAACAACUCCCUGCAGACCCUCCCCGGGGGCCUCUUUGACCGGCUGCCCCACUUGCACGAGGUCAAGCUGCACGACAACCCCUGGCGCUGUGAUGGGGAGAUCAGUGGCCUGCACGCCUGGAUGCGGAGGAACAGGGCCCUCCUCGGGGGCAGCCCCCCGCUCUGCGCCUCCCCUCCCCAGUUGGAGGGGCAGCCCAUUUGGGAGGCAUUAUUUGGUCCCGAGGUCACUGAGGUCAUUGAUAUUACUGAUGUCACUGAGGUCACGGAGGGGUGGACCCCCACCCCAGGCCAGACGGACAGCCCUUCUUGGGAGGGCCGGCCAGAGACCACGGUGGCGCCCAUCCACCUCCAGCCCUCUUUGGACAGUGAGCCUGGCAGCGCAGACUCCUCCUCCGAGCCGGAGACCCCGGGACCGGCCACUUUGCUCCCCAGCCCUGGCAGCCCUGGCCCUUCGGAGGCCGAGGGGGGCAUUUGGGGCCUGACCCGCACCCAGACCGGGGUGGUGGUCACCUGCAUUGUGGUGGGCUGCGCCUUGCUCCUGGGCUCGCUGGCCGCAAUGGCCUACUACAGCUACCAAAGGAAGGACUCGGGCCACGCCAAAGUGUAAAGGAGGCUCAGAGGAGCUCUCAGAGACUCAUUUGACACUGGUGGCAGUGGGAAUCCAUAUCUCUUUUGCAUCCCUUCUUCCAGAAACUGACCCACAGGACUCAGUGGGCACCCAGUUUGCCGCCUUUCCUGCUGGCAUGGGACGAAUCUGGGGCAUAUGUGGGGUGGAUGUGGCUGCAGAUUCUCUCCCCAUGCACAGCUCUUCUCGAUCUUCUGCACACAUCUUGCAAGCGGGGGGCCUGGAAGGCUUCGAAUCACAUAAUAAUGGAGUUGGAAGAGACCACAACUCCCUCUGCAUUCUGCAGUCAGGAAAGUACAACUCAGUAUAAAUGGUUUCCGUGCUGUGGGGAGUUUCCAUGGCUGACCUCUAUAGAGAAGAACCCCCCUUUGAGUGACAGCUGACCUUGGAGUGGAGGUUGUCCUUGGGGAGGGGGCUUCGGCCUGCAGCAGAUGCACCAACGCUUCUGAGGCUCUGGCUGCACAACCCCUGGAGCAGCAUGGGGGGCUCUUGGGUGCCUCCAUCUUUCAGUGCUUUUCUGGCAAUACAUUUUUGGAAGGACUGCAGCCCAGCACAGGGGAAAGGAAGCCCAGGAUGCCCUUCUGCAUAGCUUUCCAGAGGGAAGGUGGCCUCUUUCCAGAGCAUCAGUUAGGGAGGGGGCUGCUCUGUGCAUUGCCCUGGCAUCGGCACAAGAACUAGCAGGACCCAUCAUGGGGGCAGGGGAUGCACUCGCGGGUCAUCUGGAGGGGAACCCCAUGGGUCAUUUAGACCCUCCACAGCCACACGUGGGCAUGUGGCCAUCAACACAGAAGAGUGUUGGGAAUGGUUGGGCCGUUAAGCUCUAAUCACCCUCUUUAUGAGAUAAAUUCCCAUUAAAAUAGCAGAGUAAAAAUUGCAGCAACAGUGAGACUUACUCGGUGUGAGUUUUGGAAGGCCUCUGUGUCAUCAGGAAGGCAAAGGGAUGCAAAGUUAGCUUUAAAGUUUAAAAGCAUUUAUUGAGGUAAAAAGAAAUCCAUUGAUGGAUAGAAAAGGUUUGGACCUAACUAUCUAAUCUAUCCUGUUCUAAUAAACAUAGACGGAUUAAAAUAACAAAGCUCCAGAUAGCUACAUCUUGACUAAUAGAGGACAGAGGUGCGUCCUCUCUGGAACAAAGCAGGAAGCUGGAAUGGCGACCAAGCCUCGUGGGUCGCUUCUUCUCUAGGGCCAUAAACAUUCCAAAGGCCAAAUUGGGGAAGUUAGUCAAAGCCCUAGGAGACACAUUUCUAGAAACAUCAAAGGGUGGGCUGACCUAAAUAGGAUGGGAAGCAGGAAACAAUGGUGAAUCCUAUCUAGGCAUGCUUUGGAAACGGGGAAAGGAUUCCCUCAAUCUAACUCUAUCAUCUAUCUGACUACUUUUAGACUUUAGUCCAGGAUGAUUCCCAACAAAGAGUCCCCUCCCUUGGAAGCCCCCUCCCUCCCAGACCCAGUUUAGGAGAGUUGCCCCAGAUGGGUUGAAACCCAAGAUGCUCUUGCCUCCAAGUGCCAGCUUUUGAACCCGAGGCUCCUAGAGCUGGAAGAGACCUCGAGGGCCACCCAGCCCCACCCCUUCUGCCUUGCAGGGAUACACCACCAAAGCCCUCCAGAUCGAUGCCCUUCCAGCCUCCUAGAGAAGGAGGUUGAACUGGACUCUAGACUCUGAUGCAGGAUUUUCCCAUGGUUGAAUGCCUCAAACCGUCAGGAUGUUCUUUCUGAUGUAGACUGAAUCCCUCUUCCUGCUGUUUGAAUCCAUGGCUCGGGACUAGUGUGUGUGUGUGUGUGUGUGGGGGGGGUCCCCACGGUGGGAGGGGGGUUAAGGGGCCUGCUUUGCUCCCUGGUUGGGUCUCGGGCACCCCAUGUGCCCCCUGCAAUGGGGAAAAGAAGCUUCCUGCCCCUGCCUGAGAAGAGGCCCCCCACGGCAGGACUUGGGCCGGGUCCACUGCAGGAAGGCUGUGUGCUGCGUUGAAGCCAAUGCUCCUUUGGGUCCGGCCGGCAGCCUUUGAGCAAAGCCAAGUGUCGGCACAGUUAUGAAAGCCUUCAACAGGAAACUAUGCAACCGUACAAACCGAAA